AUGUCCGCCAUCGUCCGCCAUCGCAUCACCAACCUAUCCACUCUCCUCCGCCUCUCCAGGGCCUCCUACCACGGAAUCGCCCAGCACCAACCUCCCGCCACAGAAGCUCCCCCGAUCUCCGUGGCACCCUCUUUCCCUGACGACUUUGAGUCAUCGCCUUUGGCCCAAAAAGUGUCCGAAAAGACAGACGGAAAGGCGAAUUGGGAUGAGAGUCACGCUACAGCGAGUGAGGCUUCGGUUCGUGCUGAUCGGGAAGGAUUCCAGAUGUCCAGUUAG